AUUGUCUAUUAUCGCAUCGCCCAACGCGUCGCGUUUAGCGAUAGUUACAUGCAAAAAUCAACGUACUGCAGAAUUAUCGCGUUAGUUUUACUAAAAUGGGAGAUAAAAUACAAGUAGAACAAAUAAUCGAAACAAUAAAGCAGCAUCCAGUUCUUUACGACCAUAAGGUUCCAUGCAGAAAAGAUUUAAGUGAGGCGUUAUGGGAAGAAAUAGCUGAUACAUUCGACCUCGAUGUACAAAUUCUGAAGGUAAAGUGGAAAAACCUCAGAGAUUGUUACAAGAAACACUUAAGGGCGCAGACCGAUAACUCAAAAGCAGUUUCAUCAUACAAACAUUGGCAUUGGUCAAAGUACUUGGAUUUCUUACGGCCGCACAUACGUUCAAAUACAGAAGUCGUUUACCUCAACGAUACCGAAGAUGAUCACAAUGCGAAAGAAUAUUCUGAAAAUAUACUUAAUAUUAAGCUGGAAGAAGCGGACCACACGAACUUUGGGUCAGACUUUGAAGCUACUGAAUGUAUUAGCAAACAGCCUACAAAAAAUAUGGGGAAGCAUUCUUCAAACAAUUUUGGGUCAGAUUCAGAUAAUUUAGAAUGUGUGAUAGAAAAACCUAAUUGGAAAAAGAGACGUAUGAAUUCCGAUCCUAAUGCAAAUCAUAUAAGUCAAAAUAACCGAGAUCUGCAUGAAUUCGAUGAUUUAGAACUGAUAUUUUUAGGGUAUGCGAAAACUGUUAAGAAAAUGCCUUUGAAGAGGCAGAUAAGCGUAAAAAUGAAGAUUGCGAAGAUAAUGAUGGAAGAAGAACUAAAAUGCUUAGAAGAAUGAGAAAAACUCAUCAUAUCGAAUAGUAAAUACAAAUACUAAAACUAUGAUCAAAUGUCAAAGGGAAUACAUUUUUAUAUAUAGUAUAGGUAUAUAUUAUAAAUAAAAAUAGUACCUGUAAGUACUAUAAACCAAACUAUAAUAACUUAAUAGACAACAAUAUAUAAUUCAACUAUGUUAUUCGUGGUCUUAUACCUACUAAGUAAGUAAAUAUUUAAAGAAAGACUGGAA